CUGUGACCCGGAGGUUGCUGUUCUCUGUUUAGUCCAUUCCAGCAGUAACCCCCAGAUUAGUGCUGCCGGCUGGGUGUGUGAACCAAGCUGAGGUCGGAGGGAGACCGCACACACUUUAGUUGUACUUGCUCUUCUGUGUUUUCGUUGUAAAGCCCGGGUCGCCGGUGGCCGCGGUUUUGACGUUUAACGGGUUGCUCCGUCAAACAUGUCGGAGGAGGUGAGCCUGUACGACCUGCUCAACAUUUCCAUUGCGACCCCCCAGAAGAGCGCCGUGAACUUCGGCGCUCUGCACGCGCUGCUCCUGGCCAUGCUGAAGCAGCUGGACCUCCGGGAGAUGAAGACCCGCUGGAGGGGCUUCUCUCCGGGCUACGGGAGUCCUGAUCCGGUGGGUGUCCCCGUUCCCGCAGAGGAGGGUCAGCCGGACUCUGAGCUCCAGAAGCGGACAGCCUCUCCCUCAGACCCGGCCGAGCAGCUGAACCUCCUUUCCCGCAUCCAAGCCUGUGAGGACGGCCUCUCCAAGUCGAUGGGGCUGAUCCUGGACCUGAACGAACACAACGACCACCUGAAGGAGCAGCUCGAGGAGCUCCGCCAGCAGCACGAGGAGGCCGGGGAUCUUCUGAGGACGGUCACUCUGGUGGAGAGCUGCUGCCACCGCGUGGACGUCCUGGAGGAAACUGUGGAGUCUCUGAGGGACGCAGGUUUGCCCGGCGACAGAGAGAGCGGGGCAGAAAAGCCUGGAGAGUCAGGGGUUGAUGAUCAGGUCACAGCAGCCAAAGGAACAUCCUCGCCUUCCAGCAGCAACCUCACCGAACCUCCUCAAAGCAGCCCGCCUCCCUCCUCCCACCCCAACAGGCACACCGUCGGACCAGCAGCUCCUAGUUCUCCAAGGAAUUCUGAGGAGAAGAGCCAGGAAGAACCGGACAACACUUUGGCACAGACUGGUGUUAAAGGAGACUCCACAGCUGCUGGUAAACCCCCGACUUUGGAGUCCAACAGCUCCAAACCGUCCCCCGAGGCAGUGGAGGCCCUGAGGAGCGCGAACAAGCUGCAGGAGAGGCUCGUCCAGCUGGAGGCUCGUGUGGCGGCGUUAGAGAGAGGAAAGGUGGACCAGACUCAGCUGGCUCAGCUCGGAGAGCUCAUCACCAACAGAGGUUCCCAUGGGGACGCGUUCGGUAACCUGAUGGAUCAGCUGAACGAGCAGAGAGCUUUGAUUGACGGCCUGAUGAGUGACCGGGCAAAGCUGGAUGACCUGCGGCAAACGCUGGAGGAGACGAUUUUGUCCUUCACGUCUCAGCUGUCCACCGGCCUGAAGGAUGAGGCCGUGCAGGGCGAGAGCGACAGCCAGGAGCUCCGUCAGAGGUCAGAGAGGUCGGAUUUGAAUGCCAGGACAGGAAACACGGGCGAGGAGUUCGGCCUUCUGUUCGAGCGCUACGAGCAGCUGCAGGAGGCCGUGAACAGGCUGAUCCAGCAGAGCGGAGGCAGAGCAGAGCUGCUGCAGGACCGAGAGAGUGUGCAGCAGGCGAUCCUGCAGCUUCAGGCCGACUGUGAAAGACUGAACGAGACGACCGAAGUCCUGCAGGAGGACAACCGACAGAAGCAGCGACACAUCGAGGAGCUGUACAAGACGACGGAGGAGCUGGAGGUGAACAAGGCCGACAAGCAGAUGGUUGAGAGUGAAAUCAAAGCCGACAAAUCAGCUCUGGAGGGCAAAGUGAGCCGGCUGCAGUUCGACUCGGUGACGGAGCAGCUGAGCCUGAUGUUCCACGAGCUGCUGAACAAGGUGACGCACCAGGAGCAGGACUGGCACAAACUCAUGGCCGAGCUCUCCACAGAGAUGCAGUGUAAGCUGAACAGGAUCGAGCUGGACUCUGUGAAGAAGCAGCUGGAGGAUCGCUGGAGGAGCAUCCACGAGAAGCUGCAGGCUCAGGCGGCGCCGGAGUCCGAUGACGCUGCCGCCAUCAGGAAACAGCUGGUGGAGAGAUUUCACUGCCUGUCCUGUGACCGGCCUGUCGUGAAGCACACCCCCGGACCGCGUUUGGUGACGCUGCCCUCCUUCCCUGCGCUCCCCUCCCGCAAGUCCAUCAGGCCCUUUACCGUUUACAAUAUGGAGCAGAUACGCCAGCACUACCGCAGCAAGCGCAUAUCCGAGCUGGCCGAUUACAGUCACCUGGCCGCGUCGCGGAGCUGCGGCGGGAGUCAUUACGCCAACGCCGCAGGCGGCCAGCGCCGCAGCGGUGUGCAGCACACGAAGCACCACGGACAGUGUGAGGCGGACGGUGCGGUUCAGUCAGAGGAGGUGGAUAUCGUUGGACUGGACGGUCGUAUUUACAAAGGUCGUAUUUACAAAGGUCCCCUGAACGUCCCGACCUUCAGCAACACAGAAACCAAACUCCCGACGAUCCCCAGCAAAGACGGUGAGUGCAAGAACAAAGACAAAGCCAAACCUGCUGCCUCUCCAGAGGUGGGACACAGCGCUCCUCUUCAUCAGCCCUGCAGUCCCAGAAGUGCACCCAGCAGCCGCUCAGCCUCCAGCUGCUCUGGUCGUGAUUGGCCCGUCUCAGCUCUGGGCUGUGCGUCUCAGAGCUCCAUCACUCAGGCUUCAGCUGCAGCUGAGAGCACAGUGGCGCCUCAGAGCAGCGAGCCACCAGACCUGUAGGGGGCGCCGACGCCCUCCGUGCUGUGUUUGGUGUGUAACCCCCUCCUGCUUAUCAUCCAGACUACACGUCCCAUAAGCCCCUCUGUCAUGGCUCCUCAGUUGUUUUGUUCUCUUUUAAUCAGCUGCUUUGAGUACUGUUAAAAAUAAUAAAGUCGAGUGUGAAUCGAAUCAUUUCCUGUUGCUCCAGAGGAUUUUUUACAGCCAGUGAGAGCGCGAUGGCAAAUAUUAAAGCUCCUUCUAAUGAGGCAAACUUUACUAAGUGUUA